AAAAACCAAUAAUAACAACAUUGACAAUCCCUCUUGCUUUCUCCACCUUUCUUCUACGACAGCCAAUCAAAAUCCUCAACAGACAACCAAGAAUUUAAGCCAACGUCUCCUGUUCUUGUCAACUUUCUGUUCAUGGCUAUUGUACAAUACAUCUUUGACUUGUAAUAGAAUGUUUUCCAACACUUAUAUAUAGAUGUCCCUGCAACUGCACACAAACAAUGAUGAGAAGAUCACAUCUGCCUUACUUUCUUUUGAGAAUGUUGGGGAAAAGAAACUUCCAUUGCCUUCCUACUUUUUAUCUCUGUCUUCUGCUUAUCACAACAGGCCCUCAAAAUGCAGAAUCAGACAGCAAUAAGGACUCUUAUAUUGUGUUUCUGAAAGAUCAUCAUCCAGUUGAUGAAGAAACUGCAUUCCAGAAUCAUAUUGAUCUCCUGUCAUCUUUGAAGGGGAGCAGCCUUGAGGCUACAGAAUCUCAUGUUUAUAGCUACACAAGAGUGUUUAAUGCAUUCGCGGCGAAGCUAUCUAAAGAUGAAGCAGAUGAGUUAUCAAGAAUGCCUGAAGUAGCUUCUGUUAUCCCCAACCGGUAUCACAAACUACACACGACGAGAUCAUGGGAAUUCAUUGGUUUGCCUCCUACUGCCAGAAGAAAUUUGAAAGCUGAGAGCAACAUUAUUGUAGGUGUUCUUGAUACAGGAAUCACCCCUCAAUCACAAAGCUUUAGAGAUGAUGGUUUAGGCCCUCCACCAGCUAAAUGGAAAGGAAGUUGUGCCCAUUUUGCCAACUUUUCAGGAUGCAACAACAAGCUUAUAGGGGCUAAAUAUUUCAAGCUGGACAAAACUCAUGACCCCAGUGACAUCUUGUCACCCAUAGAUGUGGAUGGCCAUGGAACUCACACAUCAUCCACAGUAGCAGGAAGUUUAGUACAAGGUGCAAACUUAUUUGGCCUGGCCCGAGGGGUUGCGAGGGGCGGGGUGCCUGCAGCCAGGGUGGCUGCUUACAAGGUGUGUUGGGCUAGUUCAGGGUGUUCAGAUCAAGACAUUCUUGCUGGAUUCGAGUCCGCCAUUGCGGAUGGCGUGGACGUUAUCUCUAUCUCCAUAGGCGGUCUGACAGGCAGUUAUACAUCAGAUGCUAUAGCUGUGGGAUCAUUCCAUGCCAUGAGAAGAGGAAUCCUCACUGUGGCUUCUGCUGGGAACGAUGGACCGAACUAUAACACCGUUUCGAACCAUGCCCCGUGGGUCCUAACCGUGGGAGCGAGCAGCAUCGACAGGCAGUUCAGGAGCGAGGUGGUGUUGGGCAGUGGACAAACAAUUUCAGGGAUUGGAGUGAGCACAAUUGAGCCAAAGCAAAGAUCAUAUCCUGUGACCACAGGAGCUGAUGUUGCCAAGAACUCAGAAAGUAAAGAUGUCUCAAAGUACUGUCUUGAAGACUCAAUGGACCCUGGAAAGGUAAAGGGAAAGCUUGUUUACUGCAUAUUGGGUGGUAGUUGGGGUGCUGAUUCAGUUGUUAAAGGUCUUGGAGGGAUUGGCACUGUUAUCGAGAGCGAACAGUAUCUUGAUUCUGCUCCAAUUUUUAUGGCUCCAGCUACCAUUGUUAACAGCACAACUGGGAAAAGAAUCACUGAUUAUAUACACUCAACCAGGUCACCUUCUGCAGUGAUUCACAAAUCCCAGGAAGUUAAGAUCAAAGCUCCCUUUGUGGCAUCCUUUUCAGCCCGGGGGCCGAAUCCAGGAACACAACACCUUCUGAAGCCUGAUGUUGUAGCUCCCGGGAUUGACAUUCUAGCCGCGUACACCCUCAUGAAAUCCCUCACCGGCCUGAAAGGCGACACGCAAUUCUCGGAAUUCACACUCAUGUCUGGUACUUCCAUGGCCUGUCCUCAUGUUGCUGGUGCUGCUGCCUAUGUUAAGUCAUUCCACCCAAACUGGUCUCCCUCUGCUAUCAAAUCCGCCCUCCUGACUACUGCAACACCUAUGAGCUCCAGGGUGGACAGGGAAGCUGAGUUUGCAUAUGGUGCUGGACAAGUGAAUCCAGCCAAAGCAAGGAGCCCUGGACUGGUAUAUGACAUGGAAGACAUGUCCUAUAUCCAGUUCUUAUGCCACGAGGGGCGCGAAAAUUCAUCGUCUUUGGCCACUUUGGUGGGCAGGCCGGUGAACUGUUCCAAACUGAUUCCUGCAAAUGGAGAAGAUGCCAUCAACUAUCCCACAAUGCAACUUGCCUUAAGGAGGAGUGGCCAAGAACCAACCGUUGCUGUGUUCAGGCGAACAGUCACGAACGUCGGCCAGGCUCAGUCGGUUUACAAUGCCACCAUUAGAGCUCCAAAGGGCGUGGAGAUCACCGUCAAACCUAUGACUUUGUCGUUCUCACGUGUCGAGCAGAAGAGGAGUUUUAAGGUUGUGGUGAAGGCAAAGCCCCUGUCAAGUGCACUUGUAGUUUCUGGUUCACUGAUAUGGAGAAGCAGCAGGCAUAUUGUGAGGAGCCCUGUUGUCAUUUAUGACCCAAAGAACUUUGAUUAGUCCCAUGUCCAGAAUCUUGCAAGAAACACAAACAUCCCUAACAUAUAUGCAUUUCACACAAAAUGUAGAACAACUAGCAACAACCUUAUACUAUAUAUAUCAAAUAAGACAUGAAGAUGAUAUCUGUACUGUCAUCUGAUAUACAUAAAUAACAGCUGAAUCCUUUCCUUGAUUCCAGUCUUGAAUCCAAACCAAACAUGACAUCCUUAGUCCAA